UAAUGGUAGACCACGUGACGGCUUGGAAUAGAACAAAAAGAUGGCGGACCGCUGAGGGAGUCCGCAUUAUAUUACAAAUAACGCUGGAAAUACAGACAUUCAGAAAAGCACAGUGGAAAAGACGGGUUAUCCGAUUGUUCAAGGAUGGCGCAGUAUCAUUGCAAUUACUGCCAGACAAACAUUUUGGACGUCCGAGUACGCUGUGCGGAGUGCGAUGAUUUUGACCUUUGUCUGCAGUGCUUUUCUUGCGGCGCUGAGGUUGGAAUCCACAGAAAAGACCACAAAUACCAAGUAAUAGACAAUGGUAGCUUUUCAGUUUUUACACCUGAGACACAAAAGUGGACAGCUGUAAAUGAGUCAGUGCUUUUAGAUGGUGUGGAACACUUUGGAUUUGGAAACUGGGAAGACAUAGCUGAACAAGUUGGCCACAGUACACCAGAGGAAUGCUGUGAACAUUAUUUUACAUUUUAUGUAAAGGGAAAUAUAGGCAAAGCCACUCUUCCAAAUGAAAAUACCACAAAAAUAACUGACCACACUGGUCCAGAUAGUGGGCCUUUAUCACCAAGUCUUACUACACCUCUUCCAAGUGUUGAUAUUCCUCAAAAUGAACAGCAAGAGCUGGGGUACAUGCCUCUUAGGGAUGAUUUUGAAAGGGAAUAUGACAAUGAUGCAGAGACAUUAGUCAGCAACCUCAGUUUAAAUUAUGAUGAUGAAGAUGUUGAUAAUAAUUUUAAAUUGUCACAAGUAAGCAUGUACAGGGAAAGAUUAAAAGAAAGAAUGAGAAGGAAAAGGAUAGCAAGAGAAUAUGGACUCAUAACAACACAAGCUGCAUUAACUUCCAAACAAAAAUCUCAGACUAAGGAAAAGAAAAAAUAUUCAAAAGAGGACAGAGAGUUCAGGGACAAAAUGAGAAUAUUUGCUCAAUUCCAUACAUCAGUAGAACAUGAACAGUUUUUUGAAAAUUUAAAAAAAGAAAAACAAAUUAAAUCUAGAAUAAAAGAGCUGAUGAGGUAUAGGAAGAAUGGCAUUACUAAGUUAUCAGAAUGUGAAGAGUUUGAUGAAGAGAGGUAUAGAAGAGAAAAGAAAAAGGAAAAUAAGAAGAAAAUGAGCAGCUCAAACACGCCAAAGCGAACAUCAAUGGUUUCAAAAAAGGCAGAGGAAAAUCUCGGUUUACUCCUAAACGUGGAAAGAGGUGACGUAGGUAAACUAGAAGGGGAGACAAAAUCUGCAGACAUCUCCGUGAUGCCUGGUUAUGAACUGCUCACAGAGAGGGAAAUGAAACUGUGCAAUUCCAUUGGUAUGAAACCAGGCAAUUAUGUCACAAUCAAAACCUGCAUUAUAAAGGACUACUUGCAAAGGAGGCAAGGAGUCCCAGUGAAGAUUCGCUAUCCUAGUGGCUUUGACAAAACACACAGGCGAAAAAUCAUGAACUUUUUAUCCCAUAGUGGAUGGAUUGGAAUUGAACACCUUCAACAGAUUGCGUGAUUAUGUGAGGACAUGUGUGCCAAUGAGUGUUUGACACAACACGGAUGAAUGCUGAGAAGAUGCAAGUUAAUUUUUCCUGAAGAGUUCUCAGGUGUUCCUCAGAUAUUUUAUGGAUGGAGGCUUAGAUACCAUUUAAAACCUCGUUUCUUUUCACACUUCAUUCCAUUUGACAUUAAAUUAUGCAGUCAUUCAGAAUUGAGGAGGAACACGUUGUAAGUUUGUGAAGUAUUUAUAAAUAUAUUGCACGUGUGUAAGCUAGAAUACAUGUUGUGUACGAUAUAAGGGAUUGGUUGGCACCAUGUCCUUAAAACGAUUAUUUUAUCAUAUCUUUUACCAUUCUCGUGUCGAUUAAGUAGUGUAUUUAAUGCGACGACCAAUUAACCAAAGUAUGACUAUAAAGACGGAUAUUUCAAGUCUCUCAUUUUACCCUCCAGAUUAUUGUCAUCAUAGUGUUUGAUUCCCAAUUACAAUCAUUAACAGGGCUAUAAUUAAGAAUGCCUUUGGAAAAUUAACUCAUCAUUUACACUUGAGCAAAAACAAUUAUCUCUUAGUUGAAUGGAAAUAGUUGUUUUCAUUCUAUUGAGAAUGCAUGGAGUAUGGUGCACAUACAAAAUAUUUGUUUCACUUUGCUUGUAUAUUUAUCUCUGGUGUAUAUAUGGGUUUGACCAGGGCAUGAAAUAUUUCAAGAAAUCAUUGAACGUUUUCAAUUGCAUUGUAACUACCUGAAUCAGGUGCUUUCCUCUGGGCUUCUUUGACCAUAAACGUUCUUUUGUAGAUGUAUACUUUUUUGAAUAAAGAAAAUGGUAUGUACGGAACCAGAUUAUGCUAUGUUUGAUAUAAUAGAUUGAGAACCUCUCAGUAUGGUGAACAGCAUUAGAUUUGAAAAAGGACAAGGACAUAUUCAUCAGUAUUAACAUACAUAAGUAGAUUGAAGCACUCAGUAGAAGGUUCCAUUAUGAAAAACAAAAAGUCAAAGGAUUUUUUAAAAAAUAUGCUUAUUAAGCAAUAAAUGGACUGGCCCUUUGCAUAGGCAUUGAAAUGUACAGUUCUUCUUUUGUUCUUAUAAUAGAGCUAAUCAUCUGCGUGUGCAAUUAUAGUUGCAUACCUUAGUUUUUAGCAUAGCCUUCUGAGCGUGCAGGGAUUUAAUGUGAGCUAUAAGUUUGUACUUAACUCACAUCUUUCAUUAGUUCAUUCAGUUCACAAGCAACACAGAUAUUGUGUUGUGUAUUAAACAUGCAACAUGUUAGAGGAGUGACACAAGAUAAUGUAGUUUGUGUUCACAGUACUUAGAUUUUUUUAAAACCAGGAGUUUAUAAUUUUAGUACUACAAUCUGUCGAAACAAAACCUAAUUUAUUGCAAUAUUUAUAAUUUAUUGUGGACAGAUUGUUUAUUUCAGUCAUUUUUUAUACAUAGUGCAAUGUUACUUGUACUUUCUGUAAAGUAGACAUGAGAAAUGUCAAAUAAAGAAUUAAAAUUA